AUUUUCGCGUACUACUUUUACUUCAAUAAAAAUUUAUUUGUGUUCUGUCUGGUUCUGUGUUCUGUGUAAUAAUAAAUAAUAAUCUUGACUAUAUAUUCUCAGUGUAUUGUGAGUGAAAGCUUGGUCUUAAUAAAUUACUUUUUAAACAUUUUUGUCUCUGCCUUGUUUAGAGUUUAGACUGAUUUCGCAUCGUUGUAGACUAGUUUAGGUCCCUACUAGUCUAACUUAGGCCUAUUCACCUUAUUAUUUUUUGUUCCGUGAAAACAAAAUUUAAAAAUGAGUUUUGGUCUUAACCACAGUGAAGUGAAACCAACUCAUUCUGUUAACACUAUGAAGGAGAAUAGCUAUGGGCUGCCUGAUGUGCUAACAUACGGGUUGGGCAAAGUACGUGACAACGUAGUUUCUUCACAUCCAGUUGAAGAAUCCGAAAAAAAUUUUGUUGCGAUGCAGGAGCGUCGAGAGAUGACAAUACUGCGCAACACGCAGGGUCUGCACGCACCUCUGCGGCUGGCGAUGGAGCGACGCGCAGCCCAACAGGUCGGACGCUUGCCGUUCCUGCCCAGCAGUAAUCUCCAGCUUGAGGUACUUAGAGGAGAUGAUGUCACCCUCGACUUCAACGACAUCCUCAACACUCCAGACAUGAGGGAAGGCCUGUAUCAACCACACGCUGUAGUGGAGAGGAACCUUGGUCUGCUCUAACUUUGCAAUGAGUUUUCUACGCAAAUUAAACCAAAAUUUCAACACAAUUUGAUUUUGUAAACCUGUUUCUCAUAAAUUGUUUUGUAAAAGUA